AGACUCCCGCUUCGCUGAUCCCUAAAGAGUAUACUGUUACUUUAAGCCUGUCUUCCGCACAAGUCAACUGGGAUAGACUCCCGCUUCGCUGGUCCCUAAACAGGAUACUGUUACUUUAAGGCCAAGCACUAAUUGGAGCUGCAAUAUGUUCCUGCCUCCGACUCGGCGCCUCAUUUCCAACAUGUUUGAUGUGAAUUAGAAGUUUUCCGAGCGGAUCAGCGGACGUGCUUCUUCAACUUCAUGCUGUGAUUCUGUUCAGUUGUGGCUUGUGUUGGUUUGUGUCCUCUUUCCCUGUGAGAUGUUGCAAAGGAUGCCGUGACGUGUUGGAGGAGCAAGUAAGGAAUCCUGAAUCCUCGCUGCUGAUUGGCUGCUGGGCCCUGCCUCUUGUUGGGACGAACCUGUUGGAUAAAGGGACCAUUUGCUGAAGACGCCCAUGCACUUGUGCACCACCAUGCACCCGGGAUCAGUCUGCUAGAACCCACUCAAAACCUCCCCGAAUUCAACUCACCAUGACGGGCAAACAAGGCACAGUCAUGUCGGGAAGUUUAAACCCAGCGGAGAGAACAAGUCCUCUGGGAUCGAACGGAGGGAAUAACAGCACCAUCGUCAUCAACCACCACCACCACCAGCACCAGCAGGCCAAAACCACUUCCACCCACCCGCCCGGCAGGUGCACGGGCUUCGGCAUCCAGGAGAUCCUGGGGCUCAACAACAAGGAGCCCUCCGCGGCGCCGAGGACCACCUUCAACUCCUUGCCGGCCGGGGCGCAUCUCAUCGCCGCGAGGUCCAUGCUCGGCCCCGCCGGCUUGGGUGUCGGGAUGGGAUUAAUCGGCCCCGGUGGAAUUCCAGCGUUUUACCGCCAGCCUGCGUUUUUGGAGCGGGUGCUGGACCCGCAGGAUGUUCACUUGCAGCCGCAUAACACCACCUCAUCCGGGCGGAUGGACGCCAGCCAGUCUGCAAGCUCCGACUCUGAGGAUUUGUCUUCCAGUGAAAGAAAACUGUCCAAGUCUUCAAUAAGUCAAAGCAAGAAACGGAAGAAAAGACGUCACAGAACCAUAUUCACAUCCUAUCAACUGGAGGAGCUGGAGAAGGCCUUCAACGAGGCCCAUUAUCCGGAUGUGUACGCAAGGGAGAUGUUGGCCAUGAAAACAGAAUUACCUGAAGACAGAAUACAGGUGUGGUUCCAGAACCGUAGGGCCAAGUGGAGGAAGAGGGAGAAGUGCUGGGGUCGCAGCACCGUCAUGGCGGAGUACGGCCUCUACGGCGCCAUGGUGCGACAUUCCAUCCCUCUGCCCGAGUCCAUCCUCAAGUCCGCCAAGGACGGCAUCAUGGAGUCCUGUGCUCCGUGGUUGCUAGUUCAAGAUGGCUUACCAGUCAGCAGACGCUAUUCUAAAUCUGAAUACCCGCAACUCUUUGCAGGGAUGCACAAGAAGUCUAUGGAGACCCCCGCAACCCCGGAACCAACCACUGCCGCCAAGUGCGACGAGCCGCCACGGCCGAGCUCUCAGAGACCUGAUGAUUCUGAAGGAGCGGAGCAGAGGUCAAAGGUCAAGUCGUCCAUUUCUAAAGAGGAACUGAGAGAGAACAGCAUCGCGGCCCUUAGAGCCAAAGCACAGGAGCACAGUGCCAAAGUCCUGGGAACGGUUCAUCAUGACACCUCAUUGGACGAGGAGCAGCAGGAUAAGACGAGUGCUCCUCUGAGUCCCGCGGAGGAGACACAAAACCCGUAAAAAUACGGACUGUAAUUGAACUCACCGCUCAUUGCUCUGCUUUUGGACUCUGGAGAAGAUGGGCCGCAAAUGCACUUUUCCUUACGUGAUCCGCUUCCGAAAAACAUCCGCAUUGAAGAUAAUGGUUCUUGGUGGUUCCACCACAAUCAGGAUCAGGAACUUCUGCAUCCAAUUGCUGAAUGCCGCCAUUUUUACGGAACGUGAUUGUUGUCCUGUGUUAUGAUGUAUAUUCUCAAAAGCACAUUUCCACCACUUUAAACCGUGUAACAUGGAAAUCAUCUUUUAUUAUUAAAUAUGACU